UAUAAUACGCGGCUUGCUUUGUGUUCUUCGGAUUUUCAGCGGCAUAUUUCGUCUUUGGACAAGUGGAAUCCACGUUCAUUUUUAAGUCUAGAACAGGCGACUUUGUAUCAACUAAUUCCCAGAAGUUGAUCCAGAUAUUAUUGACAUGGCUACACCAGACAGGAUGCAGGGUUUGGAUGACGUCAGGAGAGGAGCAGCAGGGGGUUCUGCCUGGCAGGGUGAAAGAUGUGAGGAUUCUGGGGAGUUCAGUAGGAGAGGCAAAGGUGUGAAAGUGUACAGGUGUGAGGAGUGCAGCAAGCAGUUCAGUCAGCUGGGCAAUCUGAAUAGGCACAAACGUUCUCACAAAGGUGAGAAACCCUACAGAUGUGAGGAGUGUAGCAGAGAGUUCAGUGAACUGGGUUCUCUGAAGACUCACAUGCGGACUCACACAGGGGAAAAACCUUACAAGUGUGAGGGGUGUAACAGGCAGUUCAGCCGGCUGGACAAUCUGAAGACUCACAUGCGCACUCACACUGGAGAGAAACCUUACAGGUGUGAGGGGUGUAGCAAACAGUUCAGUCAGCUAGGUGAUCUGAAGAGACACAUGCUUACUCACACCAUGGAGAAACCUUACAGAUAUGAGAAAGCCCACUGGUCUGUUUUGUAG